UUUCCCACGUGUUUACGAAAACAAAUCGUGGAUGGUGAGAUUUAUGCACAAAGAUGUUUUGGCCAAGUCUCUUUUCCAAGAGAUACACAACCAUUUGAUGAGAAUACAGGGUACCCUUGAAAGUGCGAUAAAUGAGACGGAGGGUGCCAGUUCCAAUUCUGUAACGGAUAUAGAUUGUGAUAUGGAUGCAAUUCUGGAUGCGAUUCCGGAUGAGAUUAUGGAUGAAUGGAGCGAUAAUACUCAAAAUUCCUUGGACAACCCAGAAUCAUUCAUCAAGGAAGUUCAAGGCACGGAGAUGUGUCAGAGCGACGAUAAGGUUUUUAAAGAGCCUGAAACACCGGAUUCUGCUAUGGAUUCCAAAAGCGCCGAGAUAAUUGAUGUUCCAUCAGAUUCUGAUGACGACAGGGAUUAUUAUUAUUGUGAUUCUGAUUUCAAUGACAUUUCAAUUAUCGAUACUGUUGAGGUUGUAGCUAACGAUCCUACUCCAUCGUGCUCUUCACAUUCAACCAAUAACAAAUUAUUGCCGAAUCUAGCUGCAGCCAUUAGUGGUGAUAAAAAAGCUACAGUUGUAAAUAAUAAGAUCCAAGAUGGAUCCGAAGCAACAGUCGCUGAAGAAAAUAACAAUAAUUUCUUAUAUAUGAAGAAUGUCUUAGAGAAGAGACCGUCGCCUAAACCAGGAUGUAGUCGUGAUUCUGACAAUUCAUCUCCAAAACUGGAAGGUUUCUACGGUUCCUCCAUAUGGGAUGAAUUAUUGAAAGAUGCGAAAUUGAUACAUGCUCUUUUGCCUAGAUUCAAUCAACGUUUGAUCUAUAAAACAUUGUGUAACAAUCAGUUUGCGAGAAAUCGUAUUGAGCUUACAUUGUGGGACUUGUUGCCAGUAGACAGACCAUUGCCUCAAAUUUCACACAAGCGCAAAGGUUCAAAUGAGAUUAAUGUCGUAGAGCAUAAAAAAAAUGUUAAUACUUUUGUACAUAAAGAUCAGGCAGGCGCUAAUGCACCCUUAGAAGAGAAGGAACAGACAAAUGUGAAAACCGAGGUAAUAGUUGCCAAUAGCAAAAAACCAGAAAAUAAAUUAUUUGUGUCAGGUGAAGUUGAUGGAACGGAAAGGAAUGUAUCAGCAACAGUUUCGAAUAACGACGUUAAUCAACAGAGCGCGAUACCAAUAAAAAAAAUAAAAUUUGAUCGUACGUCCGAUGAACUUCAUCAUUUACAACAAGCUCAUAUACGACAAGAAAUCGGCGACAUUAUGGAAAUGCAGAUUCUAAGGAAUGUACCAUUUGAAGUGGAUUCAAGGGCCAAGGAAUUGCCAUCAGUCAACAACUCGGAAGUUGAAAGAAAGCAUGAAUCUGUUCCUGAUAACAGAGCUCCGAGAUUAAUACCCUCGAGAUUGUUGCAACCGGCAAAAUUAACUGUCGCAUCCCAGGGUUUUGCGUCAUCCUUGGGGGGGAAAGUUGGAAAGUUAUUUUACAGACCAGCAGCUCCUAUCUUAGCACCACCAAAACUACGAGUAGUGACAAGAGAAGUUGGAAAAGAUCCAAUAGGAAUACCUCCUAGAAUAACUGCACCUAGAGGUAUACCCGGCAUACCCGCAAUGUCUGCUCUGCCUAUAGCUACUUUAUCUCCUAAUAUGUCCAACAUAUCUAUGCAUAAUAUGCCUAAUAUGUCCAAUAUGCCUAACAUGCCGAAUAUUCCGGAAGAGGAACCUCGAAUGAAGCAGAGUGGCCAGGUCGUGGUACUAGAUCGACUGGAACGACCGAGUCGACCCAGCGCGCCCGAUCUAUCACGUGCAAAUUCGGCUGCAGCAAGGUUACCAAGCACGCCAUUAAAUGACAAAGAAGCAUCUAACAUUUGCGACAAGCCUCAGUCGAGCUCGGAACUCUCGAGAGCGGAUUGGCAAGCUCUUGGACAGGCUAUUUCACAAAAAUUAUCAGAUUUAUCGAAUGAUAUUUCUACCGAAGACGCUAAAUUAAUUAAUGUCUAUACGGUAAAAAAUGUAAAUCGCGAUCAAUCAUCUUCAACGGAUGCCAGUCCGAGCACCUCGAAUUAUCAAAAAGCGAGUUCCAGUCCGAGCACCUCGAAUCAUCAGAAAGCGAGUUCCAGUCCGAGCACUUCGGAUCAUCAGAAAGCGAGCUGCAGCAAAUCAAAUUAUAUAAUUAAGCAGGAGGAAGGCAAAAUGAGUAUCUCUCAGGUUUGUGAUGGAGGAGAUGCGACACAGCACAAACAAUUUCCAUUAGUAACCAAUGUGGAAACCGUUGCAAAUAACAUACAAUCGAAACAAGAUACAACAAAAGAUACCGAUAAAAACGUAAACAUAAAUACGAGCAAAGAGAAGCCGAAACUUAUAGUAAAAGAUGGUGACCAGAAAGAAAUAAUAUUAAGUGAGAGAGCUGCUAGUAUCUAUAUUAAACUAAUACCUAUGUUUCCGAGCGUCAAAACUUAUUACAUUAAAAGAUUGUGCCAUCUAUAUGUUAAAGAUGAACAAAAUCAAAGCGACGCUGCUUUAUUUGAAGCUUUAGUUGAGAUGUUGCUUAACUGUGAUCAACAGAAUUUAAAGAAAAUUGAGCCAACGAAGAAAGAACCGGCUUAUGAUAUGAAUCCAGCUUAUGAUAUGAAUGAAAAAUAUGCAGAUUUAUUGAUGAUAUUUCCUGAAGCAGAUCCCGUAUAUCUGAGAACAAUUGUUGAACAAAUAUAUAAUAAUCCUGAAUUAUUUGAUAAAUUUGUUCAAUCAAAAUUGGAAAAUCCAGAUUUUCCAACGAGAGAGCAAUAUCUGGCUAAAAAGAAAAUUACAGAACAGCAAAAACAGUACACCACGGAUUUUAAAGUGGAAAAUUUUUUGGAAAUUUUUCCGGAUCCAUUUUCUCACUUCGAAGAUGAAAAGAGGAAAUCCCAAUUUAAUCCGCAUGCAGUCGAUUUCCUCAAAUAUUAUUUCAGUAAAUUGAGGGUAAACACUUUGAUGAAGGCAUAUGUUCAGUAUAAUCACAACUUAACUUUAACUGCGAAAGCUCUGGAAGUGUUAAAUCCUGAUAUGAAAACUAAACGCUAUGGUAAUAAAAUGAUUUUAACGGAAGAUAUACCAUUUCUUCAAGAGUGUGCCUUUGUAUUACACAAAACAGAAAUUAGAAAAUAUUUGGAUGAAAUAAAAGCAAAAGAAGAGCGAGAAUUUAAUGAGCUUAAGGCAAAAAAUGAACUGUUUGAAUGUCAGUGUUGUUAUGACGACGAAUGUAUGCCAUCAAAAUGUUCCACGUGCGAGGAUGGUCAUGUAUUUUGCAAUUCGUGUAUUAUACGGAGUACAGAUGUGAUAUUAGGAGAUGGCAAAACGCGCGUCGAUUGCUUGUUACAUUGUGGCUGUGAAUUCCCUAUGUCUGUACUUCAGCGAGUGCUACCGCCAACUAAAUUUAGUAUUUUACUUUGCAAAAGGCAAGAGGCUGAGGUAAUAGCUGCUGGAGUCGAAGGUUUAGUAUCCUGUCCAUUUUGUCAUUUUGCGUCUAUACCACCGCCUGAAGAUAAAAUUUUCAAAUGCCUCAAUCCAGAAUGUAUGAAAGAAUCUUGCAGAUUUUGCAAGGAACUGAAUCACAUACCACUGAAAUGCAACGAAAAGAAAUCUGAGUCCGCACGUUUGUACUUGGAAGAGAAGAUGACCCAAGCUUUGGUACGGAAAUGCUACCGUUGUAGUCGAAUAUUUUUCAAGGAAGAAGGCUGUAAUAAAAUGACAUGUAUUUGCGGCGCCCAAAUGUGCUACAUUUGUGACAAACCAGUAACCGAUUAUACGCAUUUUCAAGGACAAGGGGCGGAGCGUUCAAAUCUCUGUCCAUUAUGGAGUGAUGAUCGUCGUAUGAAUGCGGAGUCCGUAAUCAAAGUUUGUCAGGAAACUGUGCAGCAGAUAAAGAAGAAAGAUCCGGAAAUUGAUAUAAAUGUUGACGCACUGUUACCAAAGUUACCGCCUAAGAGCAGAGGCCCUCACGAAGAUAUUGUUAAUGCAGUGAUACCCAGGAUUGCGAGGCCAUGACAACAUUGCGUUAUUAUUAAUUGUUAAAAAAACAUUUUUCAAAUAAUUUGUUCUAAAACUUAAUUUAGUAUUUCAAGACCGUUUAUUAUUAAAAUAUUUUUUUUAUAUAUACAUCUAUAUAAAUCUAUUCUUGAUACUAGUAACAAGUUAAGACAAUAUUUUAUGAGUCAACAGUUGCUAGUCUUGUUCAAGUAUGUUCAGUCAUAUAUGAUUAUAAGAAUGAAAAAGUACAAAGGUUAGAAACAGAUAUAUGAUUCAUAAAUUGAGGAAUUGAAUGAAAAUACGAGUUCUCUCUCUCUCUCUUUUUUUUUUUUUUUUUAAGUGUAGAUUUGAUUGCGAAAAACCAUUGGAAUAAAUUGAAGUAAAAGAGUGUAUAAACAUUAAAUUUUUGGGUCUUCAUAAUAUUCAAGUGUGGCAUAUGAAAAAAGCAACUUAUACUUGCGCCUUCAAUUCCUCAAUUUAUUUUAUAGCUAUACAACGUUGCAAACAGUAAACAGUUGAUACACUUUAACUUGGAUAAUUUAAUGUUUUUUAAUAAGCCUGCGACAUACUUUUUACGAGUUCACUUAUGAAAGAUAUAUUGUACCUAUUUUGUAGAAAUAGCUAAUGCUAUAAUUCCAUUUUUAAUUCAUAUUGACAGAUUAUUAAAGUAUUAUUAAUUGUUAUGGAAUGCUACUGUUUUUAGUUUUUUAUACUUUCUAAGUUUUUUUAUCGUUCUCUUUGUUCAAAACGCAAAUUUAUGUGCAGAAAGCGUAAAAGUGCAUAGUAACGAUUGAAGACUGGUUGAAUAAUAAAAUGUUACAUGUUUGUGAUGCAUAUGUAUAUGAUGAUAUAAAUAUACACGCGUUUGUAUGUUUUAUAUGCACAAAUUCCUUAAUUUUUUAAUAGAAUAUAUUUUUGAUGAAUAUUAUAUAAAGAUCUAUUUACAAGAAUCAGAAUUUAAUAGCAAGAAGUAUUAUCACUUUUCAUGUAAAAUUAUUUUUUAUGAAAGAUUUUAUCUUUUUAUUUUAUUGAUUAAAUUAAUAACAAAUAUUAGCAAAUUAGCAAGAAAGUAACAUUUUAUAUACAGAUGUUGCUGUAGAAGUUCCUUUAGAUGUUAAAUGCAAAAUUUAAUGAUUCCGAGUAUUUUACGAUUAGAUUAUUACUUAUCUCAAGUUUUAUGCAAAUUUGGUCUGUUAUACACUGAUAAUACCGAAUGACGUAGAUUUUAGAAUAAAAUCAAAUCACAAAAGAAACAUUAAUUAAAAAUUAAUUUAAAAAAAUAAUAAUGAACCAUAAUGUCAAUGCAAAUGAUUUUCGACAAGUUUCGUUAAAAUUUCUGCUACUAGCAAUAAGUAAUCUCUGCAGCAGCUUUUGACGUUUAAGCCGAUGUUUGACAUGCGAGAAAAACUUUUGCACAGUUACGCGUUAUUGUGCCUAUAAAUAUUUAAUUCCUGGAAAAGUGAGAAUCAGAAAAUGAAGUAAAAGCAAAUAAACUUCGUAUCUUGUGUCAAGGUCAUUUCUUGCAACUCAGUGAUAAAAACGAGAUAAAAACUGGAAGUAGACGCAAAAAUGCAAUUUGGCGAUAUAACGGCGUCUUUGUAUCGUUGCUUGACUCGAAGCGUAAACGAUGAAAGAGCAAGGGCGGAUAACGAACUCUCGAGGUCUUGCGAGUUCCCAUGAUUCCGUAUCAGUUAUAAGAAAUUUCGAGUGAAGUUUUGUGAUUAUUGUGUUAUGAGAAAUUAUAGUCUUUUUUUUUUUUUGUGCUACGAAUGCUUAGCGUUACAGCUUUUCUUUGUCUCCCGAUUUGAAAUGUGCGCAGCGCUAGGUGGACCGCAUCCGGAGGCAAAACCAAACUGAAAGAAAAAAGUAUUUUAUUACGGACUGUUGAGGUUGUUACUUCUGUGUAAAUUUAUUUGAAAAGAGAACGACGAUACUUUGCUGUAAUAAAAAAAUCAUCUAUUAGAAUGGAUACGAAAUUAGUGCGGAUAUAUUUGCGUACUAUUAUUGUUACUAAAUCAAUGAUACAUAGAGAAAAUGCUUUUGCCUAAAGUGUAUAAAAAUAAAGCCAGAUCUGAAAAUAA